UCGCCGCUCAGCUGUUUAUUCUGGCGCUCUUUCCUACUUUUAUUGGAAUAAGUUUGUGUUUUGGGCCGUAAAAAAUGUCCCACGCCCCGGAUUUGGCCGGCGGAAAUGUGCAGCAGAAACGGAAGAUCCUGAGUGGCGGGGAAUAUACGCGGAUCUGCCAGUUCAUCAACGGCUACCACGGUUUGCCCAUCGACUGUGAGUUCGAGUUGAGGAACCGCUUCUUCAAGGACGUGGAGCCGAUGGCCCUGACAUGCAUCCUUCAGUCGGAGCUCUUCAACAGGUCGCGGGGUCAACACUGGAAGCAGGAUCAGCGGGGCAAGAAGCUCCUCAAAAUCUACGAGGAGCAGAAGAACCUCUACGACAACGCCCUGCUUAUCCGGAUGUCCUGUGUCGAGGGCCUCAAUCCCGUGGCGCUCUGCCGGAUGCUGUUGCAAGAGAAGUACAAGGUGCGCCACCGCUCGCACAUCUCACGGUUUCUGAAGCACCCACACCUCAUCGACGAUCCCAAGCUGGCGGCCAAUGUGCAACAGUGCAUGAUCAGCGACAAUCAGGAGGGAUCCAUUACGGACCUGCGACGACGCAUCAUCGGCGAGGAAUACGAACUAAAGUUGAAAACUCUGGCCACGGAGGCGGGUAUCCACUUUUAUGACGAGCACGACUUGCGGCGGAUGGGCUAUGACAAGACGCCGGACAUCAAAAUGAUCCUGCCGUUCCUUUACAGGGGCUCAGUGAUCAACUGGAUCGAAAGCAAGGCCAAUUUCGGGGACACCAAGGGACACAAGUUCAACAUCCAACAGCAGCUCCAUAGCUACUGCAAUCGUUUUGGACCAGGGAUCAUUAUCUAUUGGUUUGGUUACCACGAGGAAACGCCUUCGCUGCCUGAUAAUAGCAUUGGUAUCACUGUACUCGCUGAUUUUCCGGCCAAAGACGAUUUGGUUUUCAUGCAGCUCGCACAAGGAGAUUAUUCCACAGAAACUUCGGAAAGAAAAGAGGAAACGAGUCAACUUCUAGGAGAAUCUAGAGAAGCCGAAUGUCUAGCCAAAGAACUAAAAAAACCAUCAUGAAAGCGAAAAUGUUUCACAGAAGUCGGAGACACUGGGAAUAGCCACUUAACACACAUUCAUUUUUUUUACCUAUUGAACGAUAUGUGCUUGAUCUUCUGUGCACAUUGAAAACGUACACCUAAAUUAAAAAUUGUCAAAUUUUGAGUAGCACUAAAACAAUCAAAUUAAAGUAAAUCACUGCGAUUGGUAGUAUAAAGACGGAGAUGCUUUGCAUUUAGACUCUAGCAAUAAGACAAUGCUGCUGCAGCAAAAACAUUA